CACUUCUACUUAUUGUUCAGCGGGGGGAGAACGGGCGGUGGGGUAGAGAAGCACUUAAGGGGGCCCCGCCGUAGCAAAGCCUCGAGAGAGAGAGGCGGAAGGAAGGCGAGUUAUUAAGGUUGAAUGGGACACACGGUAGGAAAACAACACGGGCAGAUAACUCGACUGGAGUGGGACUAGACGAGUCGUGGAUUAACGGCCGUCGUCAACAGUCGGUCUGUGGACUUUGUUUCAGGAUAAUUCGAUGGAUUUGGAUUAAACCUUUUCUCUAGACGUGUUCCGGUGACAAAAUUUGAGAGCCACACGUUCUGGUAGCUGGAAACUCCAGAACUCCAGCCAUCUCUUCUGUCAGCUGGUUGGUACCUGCGGAUAUGUAGCGCUGUUCGAAUCCCCACAAACAGCCUAGGACUAUCUGUCCAAACUAACGAACAGGCCAGGGCUUCAUGUAGCUGUUCGGACCCCAAAAAACAGGCCUGUUCUACGUCACAUCCUCAAAACCCGCUGUCAUGCGCACAACGUAGGCACUGUCCGGUGUUUGACGACUUGUGGCGGCAGUGGUUUCCCUUUGUGAUUUGUUUACGUAAAAUGUUGACUGUACCUUCAGACAAACAAUGUUUUCCUUGAGUUGGAUUACCUCGCGGGCGUGGUGUAUCGUGGGCGCUCUGCUGGCGUGGGGUCUGACCGCGAUGGCGUCGUGUCCGCGAGUAGAGCUUGAUGUGAUGUCCAGCUCGUGUUUCAACGAGUACAGCCUCCAGUACUACAACAUGCAGACCAACCCGCUCAAACUCUGCUGCGGCAUCGAUGUGGAGACUCUCAGGGCCUUCUGUGGCUCCUACAAAAGCUCCAUGGCGUGUGUCCGACACUUAAGACAGCAGUGUCCUGUGUACGAACACCGAGUCAUUGACGCCGCUGUUGACGCGGCCCUGCUUGGGAGUCAGGCCAUCCUGCAUGACCUGUGCUCAGAUGACAGCCUUAUAGAAAGCUAUGCAAUGCACCAAUCCUGCUUCACCAAUGCCGGACCGGCGUCAGAGAAAUGUUUCCUGGAACAUCUCAACGACUUCACUUCCGGCAACAAGAUCCGGUUCCUAACCAAAGUCACGUACAGAAAGAAGGAACAUUUUUGCCACAAAAUGCGGGCCACGGUUGAGUGCGUCAGGCGGCGCAUCAACAUGACGUGUGGGGCUAAGGCCAUCCCCCUGUCCGAACUUUUCGUCAAGACGAUGGUCAACGAGAGCUCCCAGUGUGACUACACCGUCCCCAACCCAUCCAACCAUCAACCUAUGCCAACAAACAAACCUAUCUCAAAGAGCACCCACAUCACAGAUAAGGGGAGAUCAGGAGGAGUAGGCAGUAGUCUGAAGGGAGAGAACACCGGUCAACAGCUGGGAUAUGUGCCAAGUCUUGUGGUUCUUUCUGCUUUUGUCUCCUUAUUUGUUAGACACAGAGGACUGGAGUUAUAGUACAGAUUGUUUGUGUGUAUAUAUGUUUAUGUAUAUUUAAAUGUUUAUGUAUAAUAUUUAUAUGAAUUGUGUGAUGUGUGCAGGUCUACACAAAAUGUUAGCCAUUUUAUUAUUUUAAUUAAAAUGUUUUUCUUUUUAUUAUUUUAAUUUAGAUAUUUUCACUUUUAUUUUUUAAAUAAUUUCCCUUUUCAUUAUUUUAAUAAAAUUGCUUCUAUUAAUUUAAUAAAAAUGAAUUCAAAUGUCGGCCAAAAAUUAAGCCCUGUCAUAAUUUUACAAUUAGGCCUGUAAGAAUAGUAAAGGAGUUUUGUCUAAAACUUUAGUUGAGCAGAAUUUUUGCUUGAAGAAAACUUUUUUUUUUUUUUUUUAAAGUUAAAAGUAACUCAAAAUACUAUUGAGCUAAAUUAAAAAAAAAAAGUUAAAAUGAUGGUUAGUACCUGGCUAACUAGAUCUAUAUCUUUGUUUAUUUUAACUAUUUUUCAACAGCAAAAUAAAAAUUUAAACUGUGGCCAAACAAGUUUUCUUUUUACAAUUUAAGAGCUCUUACCUCUCUAGUUUUGAUUGAAUAUUUACUAAAACUUAAAAAAAAAAUUACUUACAAUCUAACUUCACCACAGGUAAUUAUUUUGAACUUUUCCUAUACAUUAUUUUUUUUAGAAUUUGUAACAACUAAAAUUAGAACAUAACAUGAAUAAAAUAUGAAAUCUAAAGUAAGCCAAAAUAAUUUUCUGCUGAAGAGCUAGUCAAGUUGGGUCUGCCCUGAGGAAAAAUUAAUCCCUACUGGCAAUCAGCUCUAAGUGUUACACAUCCCAAAAUAGUGUGAGUCAUCAUCCAUAUCCUUAGUCUAAAUCUUUAAUUCCAUCAAACUAAUACCAUGAAAUGAUUACAAUAAUUUAGCAAUAACUUUAUGCAGUCAGGGUAAGCACUGUCAAAAUAUUUGAUUUGUAAUAGAUAGCACUGAUUCAUUGAUGCUUUGUUUUGGUCAGUGGUUCUAAAAUGUAUAACAUUGUCCCCAGAAUGGAAGAGUGUUAUGUACUGCUUUGUUUGUUCAUUUGUGUGUUGCUAGUUUAUGUGAUUGACAUAUGAGAAAUGUAAUACAUGUGAAAAUAAUUUGAGUUUGCUUGUAAAUAAUAUUUAAAAUAUAUUUUUUUUUAUAUUUAUACUAGAUGCUAGUAGUAUAUUUUAACCAAAUUAAAAUAUAUGUGCAUAAGUCAAAGUAUUUUAUUAACUUCUGUAGUGAUGUAUUCGAUGAUGGCAAUUGUCCUUGUUUUUCACACUGUUUUGUCCUGUUAAUGUUUUGUUUGGGCUGGGCAUAACAUCAGAUGCAUUGUAAAUUAAGACCUAGAUCUAAUAUUGUUUUUUUUUGUUUUGUUAAUUUGCUGUGGAUAAUCAAGUUUUCUUUCUGUAAUGUAUUCAGACUAUUUUGAAUCAAAUGCAAUUUUCACUUUGCUAAAAUCUUUUUAAAAUAAUACCUGAGAAUAAAAACAAAUAUUAUUUUAUUGCAAUAUUUUUUUUACUCAAAGUGUCAAGUAAUUUUUUUUACAAUUAUGUGGAUAACCUGAUAUGGAUAGUUUUUAAGACUGUCCUAUGGAGAACAUGGCUCUAGAUCUGCUGAUAUGUUUUAUGAAGAUGUAAAUAAUUUUUAUCUUGUUUUUCACAGAAUUUGAAAAAUGUGAUUUGUGUUUGCUUUUUAUUUUAAAGAAAUAAUUAUAUUGAAAAGGUAAAAGCAGCUAGAGCUAGUCUCUAUAUGAUCAAUGUUUCAUCUUGUUUGUCGAUUUUGUUUUAUUUUAGGUUUUAUAGAAACAGUUACAUUUAAAUAGUUGUUUUUUUUAACAUUUUUGUUUAAAAAUAAUUUCCCAUUUAAUUAUGUUAAUCAAAACCAAUAUGCAAAUAAACUAAUCAACUCCAAUGGGGGGCCAUUGGCAUCACUUGUUUGUAAACAUUUCAAUAAAGAUGGCUGGUGACACCAGGU